GGAUGGAGCAGUGGCACUGCUCUGGAAUAUUCUAGAACCCCCUACUGUUCCAGAACACUCUAGAAUCUUCAGGCAAAGGUCUGGCACCAGGAUCACAGAGUAUUUUGAGGCCUUCUCGGGCUCGGUGGGACCAAUCCUACACCACACCCCCACAAUGGGCCUCUUGUGGAUGCUGGCACUAGGUGGAGUUUUCCUGGCAGCUGCCCAGGCCUGUGUCUUCUGCCGCCUCCCAGAUCGCAACUUGCUGGGCCGCAUGGCUCAGCUCUGCAGCCAGAUGGAGGUCCGUUGGAAGGACUGUGAGGCCUCCUGGAACUUCUCAGCCUUCGCCUUAGAUGAAGUGACCAUGAACAAAGUCACAGAGAAGACUCACAGAGUCCUGAGGGUCAUGGAGAUCAAAGGGACUUUCUCCUUGCUCCCUUCAUAUUGGCAAUGGCUUCAAAAGACCAAGCUCCCAGAGUACAUCAGGGAAGCUCUUUGCGCUCCUGCCUGCCGGGGCAGCACCAUCCUGUACAACUGCUCCACCUGCGAAGGCACUGAGGUGUACUGUUGGCCCCGAAAGCGCUGUUUCCCAGGUCCAACUACAUCAAAGCAAAAGAGUGACUUGUGCAGAUGCUGACAGCCUCCCAGCUUCCAGCUCUAAGGAAUAUAUAUCCACAACUUCUACUUCCCUUGGUGAAGAACCAGCCAUCCCAUUAGUUCCAGCCCCACAAGUUCAGUCUUCCAAACUCUGAAACCCAGAUCCCAUGAUCCCAGUGUCAGAUGGCUCUAAGACCCAGGCACCCACAGCUGGAAAGUUCCUCCUCUCCAGCGCUCAACCUAUCAAACAGGCAGUCACUGAGGCCAGGAAAAUAUCUCCAGAAGGAAAGAACACUCUUCACGCACACCCCACUCCCACAGCCCCGUCUGCCUGUUCCCAGGAGGUGGGGGCUGUCUGCCCCAGAAGCUACUCUUGGCCCUCUUACAACUGAUUGGGAAUCCAGAAAUGAGUGUUCUGGAAAACUCCCUUCCUCCAGAACAGAGACCUCAUCAGUCAGCCUGCUGGCAUGUGAUCCCUCCAUUUAAUAUUGUGAACAUUGUAAAGCCUUGGCCUCCCACAGAGGCCUCCCUCCUGCCAGGCCCAACCAAACCUGCUGUCAAACA